AUGUGGUGUGUUCGCUCCACUCGGUGUAUUCUUCGAGAAGGGUUGUACGUAUCAUUUGGCGAUUUGCAUCCUACUCACGAUACUCGGCUAUAUUCCUGGAAUCAUAUAUGCAUGUUAUGUUAUUCUCGCUUACUGAACAAAACUGCCUACGACGAACGCUUCAGUGUACUUCCGAGCUAA